GUACAUUCACUCUCUUUUCUAUACUCAUUCACUUGCUUCCUUUUGUACACUCUUUGACUUACUUUCUUUUCCACACUCGGUCACUUGCUUGCAAGGCAUCCAUUAUUCUCUCCUAUCAUGAAGCUUACCAUUCUUACACUCGGCAGCGCUCUCUCCGUCAACGCUGCCGUCCUCGGCGAAAGAGCCACCUUCGCCGUCGUUGGAAAACCCGAGGGUUUCGCUACUGGUACCACUGGAGGUGGCGCCGCCAAGUGUGUUGCUCCCGGCAACGUGAAGGUGCUGAAGGAAUGGCUUAUGGACUCAACUCCUCGCUGCAUUGUCAUCGACAAGGAAUACAGCUUCAAAGGCACCGAGGGGACCACUAAGGCGAACGGAUGCAGGCCCGUUUCUAACAAAUGUCCUGGUAAGGGUGGCCAGGAUGCCAUCAACAUAGCCUCUUGGUGCGAUAACGGUAACGCUGGCGCUGGCUCCAAGGCUAUCAGCGUCACCUAUGACAAUGCUGGUAUCUCUGCUAUCAAUCUGGGAUCUAACAAAAGUAUCAUCGGAGUCGGAAGCCAGGGUGUGAUCCGCGGGAAGGGCCUCCGCAUCGCCAACGGAUCCAAGAACAUCAUCAUCCAGAAUGUCCACAUAACUGAGCUCAACCCUCAGUACAUCUGGGGUGGUGACGCUAUCACCCUCGCUGGAACUGACAUGGUUUGGAUCGAUCACUGCAAAAUCUCCUUGGUUGGUCGCCAAAUGUUUGUCGCUGGUCAGGCCGCGUCUAACCGUGUCACCCUCUCUAACAACGAGUUCGACGGUCAGACUAGUUGGUCUGCUUCUUGUGACAACCGCCACUACUGGACCUUCCUUGCCCUCGGCUCUAAUGAUCAGAUCACUUUGAAGGGGAACUACAUUCACCACACCAGCGGCCGCAGCCCUAAGAUCGGUGGAAACACCGUCCUUCACGCUGUCAACAACUUUUGGGACAGCAACAGUGGUCACGCGUUCGACAAUCAUGCGGGUGGUCACGUUCUUGCUGAGGGCAAUAUCUUCCAAAACGUCGCGACGACAAUGCUCGGAAACGAGGGCAGCGUCUUCGCCUCUCCAAGCAGCAGCCUUAACACUCAGUGCAGCGCCAAUCUGAAGCACACUUGCGCCGUCAAUUCGUACGUCGAUAGUCCUACUAUUGCAGGUUCUGAUGCCUCUGUCCUCGCCCGUUUCCAGGGCAAGAACGCCGCUAGCGUUGCGUCUACAAACGGCGCAACCAUCAAAUCGAAGGCUGGUGUUGGCAAGAUCUGAAGGGGUGUUCUUGCCCCUUCACUUCGAAGCUUCGUUGCGCUAGGCUGAGCGAGCAACGCGACCGGUGGCUUUGCAGCUGUCACAUUCCUCUUCACUGUAAAUC